AACCGAUAGCUUCAAGAUGGCAGAGACAUACUCUCUGUCUUUCCAUACUAUUGGAACAGAUAAACAUGCUGAGACAGAACUGGAGACUGGAUACUCUUUGCAAAAAACAAUUAUAAUAGUUUCAAUUCCAAUCUGCGCUUUAGGAUUACUUGGGAAUGCAAUUGUCUUCUGCCUUCUCUGCUGCACAAUCAAGAAAACUAACUUUACUGUGUAUUUCCUAAAUUUGGUAGUGGCUGAUUUUACAGUACUCAUCUACUAUGUUAUUGUUUUUAUUUUAUUUUUGAAAGCAGUUCCUAUCAGUCUAUAUUACUUAUAUAUAAUGGAGCUGGCACAUGCAUUUGGGUUCAAUGCCAAGACCUACGUGCUAACAGCUAUCACUGCUGAAAGAUAUGUCAUGGUUUUUUUUCCAGCCUGGUAUAAACUUCACCGGCCCAAGCAUUUCUCAGAAAUCAUGUGUGCCAUUUUGUGGGGCUUGUCUGGCCUGCUAGCCAUCGUGUUAUACUAUGCCUGCUAUCUACAGACUGAUCCAUCAUUCAAGGAAGCUAACCAGCACUGUGAGCCUGCAAAAAUGUUCCGAGUAAUAAUCAACCUCCUGGUUUUUCUUCCCAUCAUGGUCUUUUCUACAUUUCUUCUUUUCAUGAGAAUGCUGCGUGUAUCUCAGGAAGCCCCUCUGGCAAGACUUGAUAUCACUAUAGUGGCCACAGUUCUUCUGUUUCUUCUCUUUGCUGCUUCAGUGAGGAUUAUUGAAAUCAUAGCACGCUGGGUUCCAGAAAUCCAUAUUCCAAUAGUCUUUCUCAUUUUUCAUUUUCUUGAUGCCAUUGACAGCAGUGGGAACCCCUAUGUCUACCUGAUCAUUGGCUAUUCAAAGGCAGACUGAUUCUAAUAAACCUUUGCAAACAUUACUUGAAAGAGCUUUGUUGGAUGAUGGAACAACAGAACGCUAGGCAGAAGCUUAAUCAAGAAGAUUGUACAUAGGGGGAUACUAUCAAAA